GUAAAGGCCGCUUACUCUAAAUUUGACAUUCCAUAAAAAGUAAACUGUUUGAAAAGGCUUUGUGGAAAUUUGUUAAUUGUAAUUGCAUUCGUAAGAUCAUAAGAAUUACAACUUGAACAUCAAUUAUCGUCAAUGGCAAGGUGAUCGUGUUUGUAGAUACCAGGUGAUGAGAACUGGAGGCAAUGUCUUUGACAAGAAGCAUCCGAGUCUGGGUGAAGGCGGAACCAUUCAGCUAUGGUGCCCUGCCGGUGGCACCACAUCCCAAACUCACUCACAGUAAUAUCAAGAAGAUUGUACUGUAUGCAAAGAACAAAGGGUCUCCUGGAUUUCCAAACAUCAGCUACUCCGUAUGGAAACACAUUGCCUGUAACAAGCUGCACCUGUCAGAGGACCUGGCCUGGAUGUACUUCUCCCUCUGUCAUCUGCUGUGCGACACCAAGUACCCUGUUGAACGUCUGGAGUGGGAUGAGACGUACCUCACAGCACAGUCACGCUCUUCCAGAGAUGACUUGCGGAGCAGGCUGUGUGUGGACACGUACAAGUUUGUGUUGUUCCUGUACAUCCAGCAGCUGUUCCGCGUGUCCCUCAGGGCAUCACUGGUCGCAGGAGAUGAAUGGCCGUCAAUGUCCUCAUCUUCUGAGUUUGAAGGUCGUUCCACUCCAAGAGGAACAAAGUCUCUAGAUGACCACGGCCACAUGGUGUUUGUGCUGUCACAUCUCCCAGAGAUUCUCGAGCUACUCACAGAACAAGAGGGGUCAGGCCAGCAGGGUCUGGCUAGUGGACCAUGUAUGACGGAGAGGGCAGUCGAUGCUUUGGGCUUCCUGAUGGCAGGGUCCAUGGACAAGUUCAAGUGAAACCUCUCCCCACUGAAGGACAUAGCAUCACUGCAGACCGUCCAGUCCAGCAGUGGAUACUCGAAGAUGACUCGAGCCUUCACGGUGCGUCUCUUCCAGACCUGGAUCAAGGACUGCCUUGUCCAGAACCCGUUCGGAAUAUCAGCCUGUAUUGCCACAGGGAUGAGACUCUCCUGGCCAUUUGCAGGAGAGGAGGGCAAGGGAGACGUCCCCACUCGAAGCAAACGUGGGAAGAUUGCAACAAACGCCAACAUCAUCCCUAAGGAGCAUAUGAAAGGCAACAAGAUGAUCAUAAUGAGUCAAGUCAGUAAGGAAACUAUAGCAAGGAGCUCCAACACCUUGGAGUUGAGCAGCAUGAAGAUCCAUCGGAGCCACCACUCCUACCUGUAUCUUCUGUCACCGCUAAGAUCGGUGACGAUAGAGAAGUGUCGGAAUACAACUGUUGUGUUGGGGCCAGUGGAGACAUGUGUGCACCUGAGCAACUGUGAAAAUGUUACAGUCAUAGCCGUGUGUCGCUCCAUCAUGGUCAGUGGUUGUACUCUGUGUACCCUGCACCUGCUGACCCCAACACGACCCAUCCUGCUGAGUGGGAACGAUACCAUCCUCCUGGCUCCGUACCACACGUUCUACCCCCAGCUGGAGGAACACAUGUCUCUAGUGGGCAUCUCCGCAUCUCUCAACCACUGGGACCAGCCGCUGUGUGUGGGACCUGACCACCGAGACGAGACACCUGUCUGGGAAAUAAUGCCAGUCCAUGAGUUCUUCACCUUCACUGUGCCCUUUCACAUGGAGGGCCCCACCAAGUCAAUUCCUGGAGGUCUGGCCAGCCGGUAUCAGAAGGCGGUCAGCCAGCGGCACAAGGAGAUUGACCGAUGGCAGAAGAUGGUGAAGGACGCAGGACUGACUCGGGACCAACGCAAGGAGUUCCAGAGUCUUGUUGAGACCAGGUUCCAUGUGUGGCUGUCCGAGAUGGGGCACAAGAAGGAACUGGAUAGUCUGGUGUUACCCUUACAGUCACAUGGGAAGAGAUAAGACUCACCUCAACAGUGUUACCCUUACAGUCA